GCCGCCCGCCCGCCCCGGAGCAGCCCCGGGCCCGCCCGCCCGCGUCCAGAUUUUUAAAAAAUACAAUGUCUAAUGGUUAUGAAGACCACAUGGCCGAAGACUGCAGGGAUGAUAUCGGGAGAACGAAUUUAAUUGUCAACUACCUCCCUCAGAACAUGACCCAGGAUGAGUUACGGAGUCUGUUCAGCAGUAUUGGUGAAGUUGAAUCUGCAAAACUCAUUCGGGAUAAAGUAGCAGGGCACAGCCUGGGCUAUGGUUUCCUGAACUACGUGACUGCCAAGGACGCAGAGAGAGCAAUCAACACGCUGAAUGGCCUGCGGCUCCAGUCAAAAACCAUUAAGGUGUCGUAUGCUCGCCCGAGCUCAGAAGUCAUCAAAGAUGCCAACCUGUACAUCAGUGGGCUCCCGCGGACCAUGACCCAGAAGGACGUGGAGGAUACGUUCUCUCGGUUCUGGCGAAUCAUCAACUCCCGGGUCCUGGUGGAUCAGACCACAGGUUUGUCCAGAGGGGUUGCGUUUAUCCGGUUUGACAAACGGUCGGAGGCAGAAGAGGCAAUUACCAGUUUCAAUGGUCAUAAACCCCCAGGUUCCUCUGAGCCCAUUACAGUGAAGUUUGCAGCCAACCCCAACCACAACAAAAACGUGGCACUGCUCUCCCAGCUGUACCACUCGCCUGCCAGACGGUUCGGAGGCCCUGUUCAUCACCAGGCACAGAGAUUCAGGUUCUCCCCUAUGGGUGUAGAUCACAUGAGUGGGCUUUCUGGUGUCAAUGUCCCAGGCAACGCGUCUUCGGGCUGGUGCAUCUUCAUCUACAACCUCGGGCAGGACGCCGAUGAGGGGAUCCUCUGGCAGAUGUUUGGCCCCUUUGGGGCAGUCACCAAUGUCAAAGUGAUUCGCGACUUCAACACCAACAAGUGCAAAGGCUUUGGCUUUGUGACCAUGACAAACUAUGAAGAAGCCGCCAUGGCCAUAGCAAGUCUGAACGGCUACCGCCUGGGGGACAAAAUCUUACAGGUUUCCUUCAAAACCAACAAGUCCCACAAAUAACUCGCUCAUGCUUUUUUUUUUUGUACGGAAUAGAUAAUUAAGAGUGAAGAAGUUGAAACUUUU